AUGGAUGAUGAGGAGGCGGACUUGCGUGAGCAGAUAUUCCACAAUAACGUUAGGGAGCAGAUAAUAUUUCUUCUGCUUUUUAUACUUCUGUAUCUAUUAUCGUUUAUACUCAUCGAGAAGUUCCGUCGUCGCGACAGUGAGGAUUAUUUUACGGCUGAUGAAGACGAAGUUAAGGUUUACAGAAUCAGUUUGUGGCUUUGUACCUUCGCACUGGCCGUGUCUCUAGGUUCUGCACUCCUGCUGCCAGUAUCAAUAGUCAGCAAUGAAGUGCUCAUACUGUAUCCAAACAGCUAUUAUGUUAAAUGGCUCAAUAGCUCACUCAUUCAAGGGCUAUGGAAUCAUGUGUUCUUAUUUUCGAAUCUAUCAUUGUUUGUGUUCCUGCCGUUUGCCUAUCUUUUCUCCGAGUCCACUGGUUUCCCGGGCUGUAGAGGUCUGAAGGGCCGUGUAUAUGAGACAUUUAUUGUAUUGGCUCUAUUAGGAGUGGCUAUGCUGGGCUUGGCAUAUGUUAUAUCAGCUUGGCUGGAAGGUGAUAGAUCCAGUUUGGAUGCUUUAUUGAAUCUAUGGACAUAUCUUCCGUUUCUCUACUCCUGUGUGUCGUUUGUUGGUGUUCUCAUGUUACUUGGUGAGUUAUAUUGGAUUAGUUUACUAGCAAAUGUACUUACUUCUAAAGGCUUAAGUUUCUUUUUAUAA